CGAUGUUGAUGAUGACCCCCAAAGACGACGAUGGCAACAACGGCGACGACGACAAUGAUGGCGACGAUGGCGACAACAGCGAAAACGACAAUGAUGGUGACGAUGGCGACAAUGGCGACGACGACAAUAAUGGCGACGACGGCAAAGACGACGACGAUGGCAAUGCACGAAAAAUCAAAGAUGGUGAAAACGGUGACGACGGCCAAGGCGAUGGCGACAUUGGCGAAGACGACGAAGACGGCGGCGACGACGGCGACAACAGUGAAGACGGCGGCAACGACGAUGAUGGCGACGAUUGGCGGGGGGUUGUGGGGUGAGGAAUGCGCGCAGAAGGCGGCAGCUUGUGGGAGGCUCAGCAGUACUACACGCAGAAGGUGGCGAACCCGCCACAAGGUGGGGAUCGUCGCAGAUGGUGAACCCUCCGCGGCGACUACCUUUGUUCCACAGGGAAGAACAAGCGCUGAGAGGAGGCAGGAGCAGUUGAAGGCGAGAUGGUGACACGACAAGACAGCGAGUGUAAAUCGGGCGUCUGGAGUCCAAUCGUGCAGUUGGCAAGGAUGCCCGCAUCCUUAUAAAUACGUGUGACGCGGGGUGGACGGCGAGGAAGGACCACUAUCCAGGUGUCCAUCGCCCUUCCAUCGAUACGAUGGUGUUGUAGAGGUCAUCGCUCACGGCCAAACGAAUG